AUGUGGGGGUCUGUGGCAGUUGUCUGGGCCAUCUGUCUGGCUUGUAUUCAGCCUGCUGUGUUCCCAUGGAUCCUCCCCUUUGGGUCAAACAAGGACAGGCCUCGCCUGGCACAUGGAGCUCUGACAGGGAAGGUGGAAUGCUUCUCAGACUACAUGACCCUGCAGAUCCCAAGGAGCCACGUGCAGGGUUUGAGGCAGUGGCUGGCCAGGGUCCUGCACCUGCCAGGCACCAAGAGGGCCCCCAACCACCUGGAUUCUCUUCUUAGCAAAUGUGGUUUCCUCUUGCACCCUGCUCAUGAGGGCGGCUUCAUCUUCCGAGCCCUGUACUCCGGCUGCCUUGUGCAGAAAGAGGAAACAAAUUACAGGUUGGAAAUCAGAAUGCUUCAAAAAGGGGCAAAAAGGUUGAAUCAGAGUGAUCACUACAUAAUGAAGUGUCCUGUGACCAUGUGGAGGCUGGGUGAGCAGAGAAUCCGUUGCCAUCCCUCAUUCAUUCAGGUCUCUAGGCCCUUGCCUCCUCAGAUGGAUGGUGGACAGACCCCGUGGUUACUGUCCCUUCGAGGGGAACUGGUGGCUUCUCUGGAGGAUGCCAGCUUGAUGGGGUUAGAUGUGGACAUUGGUGCCACCACAGUCACCAUCCAAAGCUCAAGACAAGAACUUCUUCAGAGACAGAAGGUAUGGAACACUUCCCUGGAGCUCCUGCCACUCUGGCUGGUGAGCGGUUCCUAUGCCUACUCCCUCAAGGCUGCGUGCCCGCUGGCAUCGUCUCAGCCAGGGUCGGAGAUCUCAGUUCACAUCCCCAAGCAAAGACUGGGUCUGGUCAGGAGGGGAGCCCCGGUGGAAGAGUCCCUGAGUCCCAGACUCCUCCGGGUGCACCAGUCCAACACUUUCACGGUGACUGAGGACAGAGACUUCGUGGUCGUUAGCAUACCAGCACCGAUGCUGCUCCAGGACCAGCCAUGCCCAGAGACCAGAGAAUCCCCAGGGACACGAGCUUUCUACAGGGUGGACCUGAGCCUGGCCUUUGCGGAGAUGGUCUCCCCAGUGCACUGGACAAUGGAGAACUUUUUCCAGUGUGUGGGUUCAAGGGAAAAGCCGCUGGACUCAGCAGCCAAACCGAGGACUACUCCACCCACCCUGUUCCCUGGAUGGGAGACUGCUUCCACAGAAGUGCCGUCUGCUGCCUCUCCCCAGUUCCAGAUCCCACAAAUGGCUGCCCUGGACGAGCCCCUUCAGCGUGCCGUACAUCAGCCUGUGAAAGAAUCCAUCAAGAUGGGACUGGCAGCGCCAUUCAUGCAAACAAGCAGACCGGAGCGGGGAAGCUGGGUGUCUGCUGCUUCUCCUUCCCCCAGCACAAUUCAGGAGCGUCAUGGCCCUCAGACUCCUCCAAACAAAGCAGACUUAACUCCACACCCCCGUACUCCAGCUACACUUUCCUCAGAGCCCACGGAGGCUUCCCAGGCUGGCCCCAGACCCCCACAAUCCAUCGUCCUGUCUCCCACUGCCAUGACCACACAUUUGUCUUCAGAAGUCCCCUCUCCUCUGUGGCCUUCUUGGCGAUCUGGUGGGCCCCAAACGCUCCUGGGUUUUGAGCCAUCGGUUCCCCUAACUGAAGUUCCAAGAGGACCUUCCCAGCAGGACUCUGCCCAGCCGUCAGGGAGACCCUUCCCACCGGAAGAAUUGUCAAGAGAGACUGUGAAAUCAACAGAGUCCAAGGAGCCCAUCCCAAGGGAGCCUGCCCACGUCAGUGAGGAGUUCCCACCAUUGACAAGGCCCUUCACGAGCAGCCUGACUGAAGAGGGGUUGAUUUUCCACCCUGCUCCCAGAAGGCCUCAGGAGAUACUACCGAUACUCAAGGCUGAGGAGCUAUUACGGAAUGACCAGGAUCCCUCUGGAGAGGAGGCCAAAGGGCACCUGGACCUGUCAACCUCAGAACCAAGUCACAGCAUAGAAGGGCUGGGACUCACCACCUUGCUGGGGACUGAUGUCACAUUCACCACCCCAAGAGGGAGGCAACCAGAUGCCAGUGCCCAUCUGGGGACCUCAAGUCCCGAGCUCCCUGGAAGGCACAGUGUGGGCCCAGCAGUUUCCCAGACAACACUUCCCAGGAACCUUCUGGGUUCCACCUCUGAGAAGCCUGCAACGACUUCUGAAGGUGUGGAUAGAACCCUACAGUUUGAGUCAGUGCCAGUAUGGCCUGAGGGCUGGCGUGAGCUGUGGGCUGCACACACAGCCAGUCCCCUACCUGCACACACCCAAAGCCUUCUGGCUCCUACAGAAACCAUAUUGCCCCGUUCCAGUGAGCCUGGCACCCAGAUCCCUGAUGAUCAGGAGUUGAUGGAGGCCAGGUUGGCCCCCACCCGAGAGCCAUCAGCUCUCUGA